AUGUUGCUGGUGGCUCUUUUUGGUAGUCUAGGAGCUAGGGGUUUGUUGGCUGGUCCAUCGGCUUUGGAUAGUAAAGUCGCUCGGAAUGUCUUGGAGGGAAAACCGGAGGGAUAUUGUUCUCCUUCCGGCCCGAUCGAAUCCACUCAUUGUUUAUACGAAACUAUCGAAUCUCUCAACCCACGUCUCUUCCCAGUCAUACAUUCCCUCGUCGAAACACCCUUCUUCCGACAUUACAAAGUCGACCUUUAUCGCGAAUGUCCGUUUUGGCACGAUAAUGGGUUCUGUAUGAAUCGCGAUUGUGGUGUGGAGGAAGCGGACGAGAGUCAGAUACCGGAGAAAUGGAGGAGACAGGCAUUAUCAGAAGUUAGUGUAGUACCUCCUGAUGAAGGUGAAGGAAGUGUGGGUGGAUGUUAUUUCAGGGAACAAGAUUUCUGUUACAUUGAGGAUGAUGCGACUCAAGAGGGACAAUACGUCGAUCUUACUCUCAACCCCGAAAGAUUUACAGGAUACGCAGGCGAUUCUUCCCAUCAAGUUUGGAGAGCUAUCUACGAAGAAAAUUGUUUCGGACUUUCUGAAGCCUCUUUAGAUUCUCAUUCCCCUCCUUCCCCUAAUAAAGCUUCACGCGCGUCCGCCGUUGUGGGCGCCGGCUCCGGUGCUUCGUCGGGUGGUUUUGGAUUCUCCAAAUUAUCAGAAGGCUGGGGUACUGAAAUGCUCAAAAGUCAAGUGAGCGAAGGUACAUGCGAAGAGAAAAAAGUCUAUUAUCGCGUCAUCUCAGGAUUACACGCCAGUAUCUCCAUUCAUAUCUGUCACGAAUACUUGGAUCAACAAACAGGUGAAUGGGCUCCUAAUCUACCAUGUUUCGUCUCCCGUCUAGCGACACAUCCGGAGAGAUUAUCAAACGUUUACUUCAACGCUGUUUUGAUGUUGCGAGCGGUUGAAAGGGCCAGCAAAUAUCUAGAGGCGUAUGAUAUUUCCACAGCGCCCUUGGGACGAUUGGACGAACUGGGGAAGAAGAAAAGGGAAGAGGAUGUCAAGGCUAAAGGAUUGUUGAAAGAGGUUUUACAUUUGGCCGGAAGCGAAGGUAUGGCACAUGGAUUUGAUGAAGGUGAUUUUUUCACUGGAGAUGAUGCUUUGAUCUUAAAAGAACAAUUCAAAACGCACUUUAGGAAUGUCUCAAGGAUUAUGGAUUGUGUGGGUUGUGAUAAAUGUCGAUUAUGGGGCAAGUUACAAGUGUCUGGUUUGGGUACGGCUUUGAAGAUUUUAUUCGAGCUUGACGAUAAGGCUUUAGAUCCUAAAAUCAACCCUGACCUUCUUCAAAGAUCCGAAGUGGUAGCUCUCUUCAACACUCUUCAUCGAUUAUCUGAAUCACUCGCAGCUGUUGAAAACUUCCGUAAAAUGUACGCUCAAGCUCAAUCGUCUGAAUCUUCCACAAACGCAGAAUCUCAACCAACAUCGAAACGUCGCCGAAAGCCCAAGAAGGUUGAAUCAUCAACAAUGGCUGAGACAUCUUCGAGGACAAUAUCCGCUUCUGCCACACUUGGAUUGGUAGUUUCCGCACUGGAGACGUUUAGAAGGGGAUGUAAAGGAUGUUUAGAGGUAUGCUGGAGACAAUUGGAAAAAGGAAGAAUGGGACAUUUAGUUGAGAUUGUAAAACGUUGGGCGGAGGAAAGAGUACCAGGGAUUAUGGGUAGAGUAGAAUUGUGA